GUUCAGCGGCCAGGACGGUGGGACGUCCACUCCAGGCUCCGGCUUCGCGUAGAAAGAGGGACCCUCUCACCCCGAAUCUGACAUAAACGACACCCCAGGGUUCCUCAGGAUGUGGUCGUCGGCGGUCGCGUUGCUCCUCCUGGGCCUCUGCACAGGACCUGGUGACUCCAGAGAGAUAACGCACGAGGACAUUAAGGACGCUAUGCUGAGCUUGGUGCACAUGAUGCGCGAGAACACGGAGAAGCUGGAAAGGCACGAGGCCAGGGAACGCCAGCUAGGGGAACAGAUGAGGAAGGCCAUCGCCCUGCUGACGAAGAAGGUGGCCACCGUCGACGGGCUGAAGACGCACCUGGUCAAGUUGGACGAGAGGAUCACGGGGAUCGAACAGCUCAUCUCCCAGAGGGACGAGCGGGAGCGAAUACAGAUGCAGAAGACGGCGGACGCGUUGGAGGACCUGGAGGGCCGCCUCGAGGGCUGGUUCACCGACAUCGAGAACAAGGUCUCGGAGGUGAACACUCGGUCCCCGACGACGCCCUCGCCGGAGCCGACCUCGGAGAGUCCCCCCGACCUGGUGGCCAAGCUGAACGACACCGAGGCGAGGAUCGGCGAGCACAUCGCGCGCCUGGAGUCGGGCCUUCACGUGGUUUCCGACAGGCUUAAGGACGCCGCCGACGUGCAGGACUCCAAAUUCGCAGACGUCGCCGCCGACGUGAGGCAGAUCGGAACAAAAGUAGUGGACAUGGAAGCGACCCUGCAGAGGGUGAGGGACCAGUUCCCCAGGGUGGACGUACCCCAGGACCAAUUGCCGGACCCGGUGGUCGAAGAACAGAGCAGGACGCUCACCAGGAUCAAGGAGCUGCUGGAGGACACGUCGGAUCGCAUCAGAGACUUGCCGAGGAUUGCAGAGGUCCAAUUGUUCCACAACGAGACACAGAUGACUCUGCAGGAGGCUAAGCAUGCUCUGGAGGAUAUCGUGACGAGAGGAGUGAACGGCAUCGAGAGCAAAGUCGCAGAAAAUAAGGAAGAGGCGAAGGACAACAUCGAAGCGUUAAGACUCGACUUGGCGAACAACGCGGAACGCGUUAAUCAGGAACUCCACGAUCUGGAAAAAGGCCAAUCGGUUAUGGUGUCCAUGGCGGACCAUGUCCUGGACACGAAGAAAAGAGUCGAAUACGGGGUCCACCAGAUACUUCUGGAAGUCGGGGACCUCGUUAAGGGACAAGGUGUUAAUAUUAAUAACACCUUGCAUUCCAAGAUCAACGGCAUGUCGGAAGACAUCAUUGAUAACCAGAACGGAGCGGUCGCGAAUCUGACGACCAAAAUGGAGCAGGAGAUGAAUCAAGUCUGGCGGCAGAUAAAUGUCAUGUACCAACAAAUGGUGGAAAGUGCCAAGACGUUGGAUAAGCUCCACAAACAGAACGAAGACUUCGUGAACGGAACCACCACUACGAUGGACGGCAUGGAGAACAAGGUGGGAGAGAUCACAAAGAGGAUGUCCGAGGUCGACGAGAAUCUCAACUACCUUCUGGGCAGGCUGUCUUUGGUGACGCAGGAGUUCAACCAGAUAAAGACGGGAUUAGGCGCAGCUUUGGACAACAUCAAAGCAUCCUUCAAGGAACUUACCUUGGGCGAGAAGGCCAACUUAAUCUGAGGACCGCCAGAAACUUGAAGUUUAUGCCAAAGUUCGGCCGAUAUGCCGAUAUCGGAGGGUAUCGAUCGCGUUUUCGAUCCUCGGACCACUUAAGGUCCCAGGACGAAUCUGACGGCGAGAAUAGUGGGACGAUAUUAAGGUGAUGUGAAAAUGGCGUCGAAGAAGCUUCGUUUAUAAAGCUUUUCUUCCAAUUCGGUUUACCGAAU